AUGGCACGCUUUGCCGCUAAAAUCCAAGGAUUCUCGGACGCUCACCCUUCUUUGAUCAUGCAGGCAUUUCUGAUGGGCUUGAGGCCCUCGUGGUUCUUUUGGUUGUUGAUUGAGAAGCCGCCCACGACCAUCCCCGAGAUGCUACAAUGUGCCAACCAGUACAUCGUCGCCGAAGCCCUAAUGGUAGGGAGGCGUGAGGACAACAAGAGGCCGAGGAUGGAGGAGAAAGGUCUCUUACGCCAACCCAAUCCCCAGAAGGCCACUCACAAGGACCGGUCUAAAUAUUACAGGUUCCAUCAGGACUACGACCAUGACACGGAAGAUUGCCACAACCUCCAAAAUCAAAUCGAGGAACUAAUCCGAAGAGGUCAUCUCGGGCGCUACCUCAAGGAACCAGGAGAAGCAACUCCGCGCCCCAGGGGACCUGUCGAGAAGCAAAUCGACGUCAUUACCGGAGGACCGGCAGCUGAUGGCAGCAGCUCAAUAGUAAGGAAGGCUUACACCCAAAGCACGGUAGAAAAACGCCCCAGACCUGAGUUUGAGCCCGAAAUCACUUUCGGAACCAAGGAGGUUGAACGCUCCCAUCACGACGACGCUUUGGUGAUCCCCAUCUGGAUCGCCAACGCUUAG